AUGACAUUGGAAAAGACUUUGGCCAUCAGUGAAAUUUUGGAAACCGAACAAUCUUAUGUAAACAAUUUGAAAGAAAUAAUAGUGGAAUACUUGGAGUAUUGGAAGUAUAAACAAAUAUUAUCAAAAGAAUAUAGCAAUCAAUUAUUUGGAAAUAUUACGGAAAUUUAUGAAUUUUCAAGAAUAUUUUUAAGCGAAUUAGAGUUGACUAAUAAUAAUGUAUCGAAAAUUGCCCAUUGCUUUUUAAAUAAUCAUCUCAAGUUCAUUAUAUAUUCAACAUAUUGUAUUAAUUUCCAAAAUUCCGAUGCUAUAUUAUCAGAAGUAAUGCAAACAACUAAUAUUAUACAUCAAAGACAAAGUGAAUUAGGACACCGUCUUCCACUUGGUUCAUAUCUUGCACUACCAAUACAGCGAAUUAUGAGAUAUCAUUUACUACUCAAGAAACUAGCGACAUGUACUUUAGAUAAUGCAACUGAACAUGAAUUAAUAAUAAAAGCUUAUAAUAAAAUGAUUCUCCUCGUAAAAAUCAUUGAUGAAACUAAAAAUAAAUAUGAAAAAACUGGCCGUAUAGAGAAGAUACAAUUAAUGAUAAAAUAUUGGAAGGAUAAAACAAACGUCGAGCUACCUAACAAUUGUUUUGAAUUGCAUGCCGAAGGUGAUUUAAUGAUCAUGGGAACGAAAAAAAAAAUGCAUGUGAUUCUAUUGAACAAUAUGUUAUUGAUUGCCAAGAAACAAAAAUGUGAACUGCUGAAAGCUCAUAUUUUGAAUCGGAACAUAAUUGUUAUUGAAAAUGUAAAAAGAAGUCCACUCAGUUUUCGUGUAUUAUCCAAUGCUGAACCUAAAUUUUCGUAUACAUUACAGGUGAAUUUAAUGGAGGAAAAAGUAUUUUGGGUUAAAAUGUUAAAAAAUAUGAAUGCAGAUGUCUUGAAACUUUCACAAAUUGGUUUAGCUGAAUUGAUGGAUGAAUACUUUAACAUAGUAGGUGAAUACUUAGAAAUAUUGAAAUAA